GUGUUCCACGCUUGUUACUUUGUAUCAGUGUGGAUGGUUCGGCUCAGGAGCUGUAGUCGGUGCUCUCUGCCUGUUCUGGGGAUUGUGAGCCUUGCAGUCGGAGUGCUUGUGCUGCUCUUACUGAUUAGUGUAGAUCUGGAAGGCAGAGCUAUGGAGGGGACCCAGGGUAAGCUGGAUCUGUUAGUAACUAGCUGCUUUACUUUAUAGAAUACAUGGAGAGAAUGUUAUAUAAUCCUUCCAGUUCCAGACAUUCUACAAUGACCACUACCAGCAUGCUUAGCAUCAUUAAUGCUGGCAUAGCAUCAUGGGAGUUGUAGGCUGAUUCCUGCUUGGCAGAUUCCUUUCUGUGAUAUCCUGUGGAUUUAUUUUCCUAACUGAUAGGAUGAACUGAAAAGUAAACUUAAGAUAAAAAUAGCCACAUAUUAAAAAAUAUAUAUUUUGGGGUUUCAUGGGGGCAUGAUGCUAUAUGGGAAUCUAAUGUAGUAUUUCUGCUUAUUGUUCCUAAUGUAUCUUGCUGUGAGAUCUGACUAUAAAACUAUAUAUUGUCUAAUGCAGUUAUUAUGGCACCAGGAGUCUCUGUGCAGUGCCACCCAUUGAUGAUUCACAUCCAAAUAUGUGUAAAGGUAAACAGGAUCCUGCUGUAUUGGAUCCCAUGUUAAUAUUCUCUGUGACUCCGCUUUAAUUCAGGCAGGUGUAGGUUUAUUUUUUAUUUUUUUGCUGUGUAGCAGGACAAUGACAGUUUGGAGCAGACUAUAGCAGAACAUUUUAAAACAGAACUGUCUCUUCUCUGGAAUUUACACUAUGGAAUAAAACUCUGAAAUCUCCUGUAACUAUUGUUAAAGCGGCACUGUCACUCCCCACACCCUGAAAAUUAUUAUUUCAUAAAGGGAGAAUUUUUAUAACACAAAAUGUUGAAGGAACUGCACUCAUUCAUGUGACCAGGGGCUAGCACAAACCCCAAACAUUUAAAUUCAAGUAGAAGAAUGAAGGUCCAGGCACUCCAAUGCUCAAUAAGGCAUGUUUAUUUGGAACACCGUGAAGCCAGCAUCGUUGCAACCCAACAAUAGAAUAGGUCUUUGUCAAUUUUUGUGAAGUACUUAUUUUAACUGUGUUGGAAUCUCACUGAAAUUCCAUCCCAGUCGAUAUUGAGUGCGGUAUCAUAUGUUGUUACAUCCCAGUCGAUAGACCUACAGAGGGAUUACUUUGUCUCUGUAUUUCUCCUCCGCCUGACUUUCUUAUGCUCAACACAAAGUCUAAGUGUCAAACCAGACAGCCACCACCAGUGACUGCUGCAGGGAAUUGGUUAUGAUUAUGGAGGAUCACGCAGUCUUGUAAGAUCCUCCAUAGACCUCAAUGCUGUACUAUUGUGCAUGCGCGAGAGUACAGCACUAAUGUCUACCUGGAAGAGAAUCCGCCAGAUCAAGAUGGCUGUACUCACAAUGCAUAAAUUUAGGUUAAUUUCACACUUACCUCCCUCACCCUGCCCCUGUAUCACAGGACCCCCCCAGCAGAGAUGUCACUAUUAGCAAAGUACCCAGACAGUUGCAGUUCCGAUUUAAAGGAACACUCAGAGCACCAAAACCAGUACAACUGUGUAGUUGCCAUGGUGCCAGCCAGUAGUGCCCCAUUUCUGAACAGUUUGAUUUCUUAUCUAGGUCCACUGGGCGCCUCUUCCUGUCUCCACUACUACUUCCACAGUGCCGGAUGUUCCUAAGCAGGAACUUCUGUUCUGAGCGCUUAUUGGCUGAGAUCGAUUAGCUGACAGUCUCAGCCAAUGAGCUAAGCCCUUUUAUAAACUAAUGUGAUCAAGUGUUUAAAAUGUAGCCACCAGUAAACGACAGACCUCUGAAAAGACUGUUUUUUCCCCACAGUGACCAAUUUUCAGUGGACCAAUCAAAAACAUUUGUGUGUUGCACUAUAAAUGAUUUUCUGGAUUACCACAGAGAAACAUAUUGGCAAUUUAUAAAUGAACUCCUAUAAGUCUGUGCUCUUACGAAUACUCUGUGUUCUGAGGAGUCCAAAACUAGAACAUUGCUUUUAAUAUGAAGAAUUUAAUUUAACUUACAAUUAAAGGGACACUGUAACUGCUUCAUCUCUUUGAAGUGGUGCAGUGUCUGGAGUCCCCUUACCAACUUCCCAUUUAGUGUAAACCAUUUAGGGUGUUUUGCCCUCCUGUGGGGGCAGAGCUAUGGGAAGUCAGGGACCCUUAUUCUGUGUUAAACUGCUGAAAAUAGCACAACACUGAAGCAGAGGCAGUACUAAGGGACUCCAGGCACGAUAACCAAUUCAAUUAGGUCAAAUUUUAAUGUCCCUUUAGUAGAAAGUCCGUACAAAUCUGAACGAUAAGGGUGACUGACUAUGGGGAAGGGAUAGCCCAGUGCUUUCAGCCUAUCCUUCCUGUCCAAAUUUGGAUUGAUUUGUACUGAUAACACAGAAGUAAAACCCCAAUGUUAUUCAGUUCAGUGACGAUGUGCAUUAAUCCAAUACAUUGUUUAUGACAUUAACAGCAUCUAUACAUCACUGGAAAACCGCUUGGUUCCAGCGGGCAUACAUGUAGAGGUAUGGAACUGUAUCUGAUGUUCUUGAGAAGCAGAAUACUAAAUAAAUUACACCACAACCCAAGGCGUCGGGUACCGCACUAAGACUGUCUUACCAGAUCCGGGGCACUUGGGACAUAUGGCUGCGUUAUUUUCUAUCUAUAAGAUUUUGUAAUUAAGGCAACAUAAUAACCUGCAUCUGACUGUAAAUAAAGUAUAGAUUAUAAAAAACAAUCUGUAUUUCUUUAGGCUCAUGGAGUGAAAACAUUUUGGACUAUUUUCUUGGUGAAAAGCUAAUAAAAAAGAAAGAUGGCUCAGAAAUAACCUGGUAUCAUGCAGCAAACAGCAAGGCAAAAUUAGAAGAAGCUUUACAGAGUGAGUAUACCGUUUAUAUGUUAGAACCCACACACAAGUUUUUACAUAGGAACAAUACACCUUUCUAAGUCACUAGCACAAUGCAUGUGAGUUACACCCUAUUAGGUGAACACUUUUGGACAGAAGACGGCAACAUUUUUAUUUUGUACAAUUUGCAUUUACAAGGAAACAUAGAAUAUGACGGCAGAUAAGAACCAUUCAGCCCAUCUAGUCUGCCCAAUUUCCAAAAUACUUUUAGUUAGUCCCUGGCCUUAUCUUAUAGUUAGGAUAGCCUUAUGCCUAUCCCACGCAUGCUUAAACUCCCUCAUUGUUUUAACCUCUACCACUUCAGCUGGAAGGCUAUUCCAUGCAUCCACUACCCUCUCAGUAAAGUAAUACUUCCUGAUAUUAUUUUUAAACCUUUGUCCCUCUAAUUUAAGGCUAUGUCCUCUUGUUGUGGUAGUUUUUCUUCUUUUAAAUAUAGUCUCCUCCUUUACUGUGUUUAUUCCCUUGAUGUAUUUAAAUGUUUCUAUCAUAUCCCCCCAGUCUCUUCUUUCCUCCAAGCUAUACAUGUUAAAGGGACACUCCAGGCACCCAGACCACUUCUUCCCAUUGGAGUGGUCUGGGUGCCCUGUAACUGUAAAUAUUGCAGUUUUCAUAAACUGCAAUAUUUACAUUGCAGGGUUAACUCCUCCUCUAGUGGCUGUCUACUAGGUUUAUAGCACUGUGCUAUAGCUUCACUGGACGUCCUCACGCUAUGUGAGGACCUCCAGCGUUGCUGAAAUCCCCAUAGGAAAGCAUUGAAAGAAAAGCAUGCGCAAUAGGUCUCCCCCUGCUGGAUGACAUCGCGGGGGUGGACCCUGAACCAGCACCGAGGGACAUCGGCGCUGGAUACAGGUAAGCCACUGAAGGGGUUUUAACCCCUUCAGCAACCUGGGAUGAGGGGUGGGAGGGAGAGGGGACCUGCAGUACCAGGAAAACGGUUUGUUUUCCUUGCACUGGAGAGUCCCUUUAAGAUCCUUUAACCUUUCCUUGUAAGUUUUAUCCCGCAAUCCAUAAACCAGUUUAGUAGCCCUUCUCUGAACCCUCUCUAAAGUAUCAAUAUCCUACGGUCUCCAGUACUGCGUACAAUAUUCCAAGUGAGGUCUCACCAGUGUUCUGUACAAUGACAUGAGCACUUCUCUCAUUCUACUGCUAAUUCCUCUCCCUAUACAACCAAGCAUUCUUCUAGCAUUUCCUGCUGCUCUAUUACAUUGUCUGCCUACCUUUAAGUCAUCUGAAAUUAUUGCCCCUAAAUUCCUUUCUUUAGAUGUUGAGGUUAGUAGGGUAUUAAAUAUUCUGUACUCUGCCCUUGGUUUUUUACGUCCAAAAUGCAUUAUCUUGCACUUGUCCACAUUAAAUGUCAGUUGCCACAGCUCUGACCAUGUUUCUAGUUUACCCAAAUCAUUUGGCUUAUCCCUCCUGGAACAUCAACCCUGUUACAUAUCUUAUCUUACCUUACCAUCAAGACCUUCUGCAAUAUCACUAAUAAAAAUAUUAAAGAGAAUGCGUCCAAGUACAGAUCCCUGAGCUACCCCACUGGUGACAAGCCCAUGCUUCGAAUAUACUCCAUUGACUACAACCCUCUGUUGCCUGUCACUCAGCCACUGCCUUACCCAUUCAACAAUGUCUACUGUACCACCCUGAUCUAUUAUUUGAGUUACCCAAUCAAAAAAAUCAAUAAGAUUAGUUUGUCAGGAUCUCCCUGAAGUAAACCCAUGUUGCCUCUGAUCUUGAAAUCCAUGUGUUUUUAGAUGUUCAUCAAGCCUAUCCUUUAACAUGGUAUCCAUUCCUUUCCCCACUACUGAAGUAAGGCUUACUGGCCUAUAGUUACCUGACUCCUCCCUAUUACCUUUCUUGUAAAUGGGCACAACAUUCGCUAACUUCCAAUCUUCUGGGACUACUCCUGUUAACAAUGAUUGGUUAAAUAAAUCUGUUAAUAGUUUUGCUAGUAAACCACUAAGCUCUUUUAAUAAGUUUGGGUGCAUCCCAUCAGGCCCCAUCAAAUUAUUUAUCUUUUCUUUUGACAGUUGAAAUAGAACCUCUUCCUCUGUAAACUCACAUGUAACAAAUGACUCAUUUGUCCUUUUUCUUAACUAAGGUCCCUCUCCUUCAUUUUCAUCUGUAAAUACUGAACAAAAAUAUUAAUUGAGGCAUUCAGCUAGACCUUUAUCCUCUUCUACAUACCUUCCUUCUUUUGUUUUUAAUCUAACUAAUCCUUGUUUUACUUUCCUUUUCUCAUUUAUGUAUCUAAAACAAAAUAUGUGGUAUUCCCCCUUUUUUUACUGACUGUGCUAUUUUCUCUUCUGUGUGUGAUUUGGAAGCUCUUAUGUCUUGCUUAGCCUCUUUCUGCCUAAUCUUAUAGAUCUGUCUGUGUUCCUCAUUUUUUUUUUUUUUUACAAUUACUAAAUGCUAACUUUUUUGUGUUUUACUAUUUUGGCCACUUCUCCCAAAAUAGUAAAAUUAGUAAAAAUGUACUACAUUAUGUCUAGACUAGGAAGCGGUGGCAUUAGAGAUUAAUUGAGAUUUACCUUUUAAGGCACUGCAGUCACAUCCUAUUUGCAAAAAGUAAAGGAACAAAAUCUUUAAUACCUUUUUUUAUUAUUAUUAUUAUUAUAUCUAUAUUUUUAUUUUUUCAUCAUAUGAAAUGUUAAUUUCAGACAAUUCAUACAGAACUAUAUUUGACAGCGGUUUUAUUUUGUUACUAAGAAAUGUUCAUGCAUAUAGCAGAAAAUGCUGAAAUAUAAAUAAGUAAAAUAUUUAGACUCAUAGUCUCUUGUUUUAAAAUAUUAAAAUUGUUUUACCAUGAUCACUUCAAUAAUUUAAGAGCCCUCACAUCUGAGCAUGGCUUCUGUUUAAUAUUGUUGGGCAAACUCUGUUACUAUACUCCCCAGCCAGUGCUAGCAACGUUGGCUAGGGAGUUUCCAUAGGGAGAAUGUAGCCUGUCUCGUCUAAGAAUCUCUUCUUUUAAAGGGACACUAAGCACCAAAACCUUUACAGCGUAAUGUAAUGGUCUUGGUGUGUGUGUGUGUGUUAUAAACGUUAUUGUAUUGGUUGGGUCGGUUUUUUUUUGUUUUGUUUUUUUACUUAUUUCCUCUUUUUUUUCCAAUUUUUUUUUUUUUUUUUGACAAUCUUUACAUUUUUAUUUUUUACAUAGAAAAGAUAUACAAUAUAAUGCAGAAUUGCAAGUAAAGAUGAUAUCAAGAUACAUGGGUUGUGCUAGAAUACACAAUCAGUCAACAUUAGGCAACUAGAUCUUUAUCUUCUGCAUAUUAGGAGGUAUCUGGCAGCCGUAUCAAGUAGGCAGCAUGCACCGGUGAUGUCGUUGGAGACAAGUCCUGUGCGACUACCUUUGCCUAUACGUCGCCCCGACCAAUUAUGCCUCUCUUACUCAUUAGUUAACCUUGAGGCCAUUUGUGGCUAUUGUCGUAAGAGUUGCCACGUUCCUACGUCAAAGCACUAGCAUAAGUAUAAAUUUAGGGAAGGGAAAGGUGGGGGGGGCAGGGAAGGCAGCACAGGAGGAGAGAUAUGAAGGGGAAGAUGAAAUGGGGAAGAGAGACAGAGAAAAGACAAAAAAGGGGGAGAUGGCGGAGGCCGUCCCGUGACCCCCAGACCCACAACGGCUGGAAGAAGUUACCCCCCUCCACACACUUACUGGAUUGUUUCUAUCAUGUUAACACAUAAGAAGGUAUAUGGAUUUCCCCAGUAUUGUAAUGCGUACUGUAGACUUUGAAUUAUAUGUAUUUGAAGUGGCCACACCGCUCCACACACCACAACAAUACCGCCACAUCAUCAGAUAUUGGUUUUCCCUUUAAUUUCUUUCACAUCCUGUGUAGAGGUCCAGCAGGAGCACAGGUGAAGUAAUGAAUGUCUGGUGUACCUUAAGAAAAACUCUGUUCACCUCGUGUGAUUUAGUGGGUGUUAGGAUGCCAAACUGCAGCUAACAAACUGUUUAAACCACGUUUCUUUCAGCUUUCAUGUAUUAGUAUAGUUAAAGGGACACUAGAGUUACCCAGACCACUUCAUUUCUAUGGCUCUUUUCUUAUAACCUUGCAGUUAUUGUGGUUCUUUUAAGAAACUGAUAUGUUUAAAUUGCAGGGUUAAAUCCAUCUCUAGUGUCUGUCUUUCUGAUAGCCACUAGAGGCACGUUAAGUGACAGGGAAACUUUCCUCACAUGCACAUCAGGUCCCCAAUGCUCCUCUAUGAGGAACGUUGGAUUAGACCAUCGCAAAGGAGGCCAUGCUUCCGAGAGUCGGAGAGGUGAGCAUUAUAAACAUAGGAGUUCAAACACAUCUUACAGGUAUAAUCCAACCAAGAACCGUAGUGGUGGCACGGUAGGGAGUGUCGGCCAGCCAACCCCAGGUAAUUAGUAAAAUUAUUCAAAUCAGUUUGACUAUGUACAGUAGGAGGGAAUCGGGGCACCAUAACCACUACAGCAUGCUGUAGUGUUAAUGGUGCUCUUAGUAUGCCUUAAGUAAACUGUGUUCACAAAUUUCCAGCAGAUGGAGCUAUAGGCAAAAAAAAAGUAUACUUUCAUGGUCCUCUUAGUUCGAAGAUGGUAAAAAUCUUUUAGACCCAAGCUAUAAAUAUGCAUUUGGAAUUUGGGCUAACCUCAAUAAAGAAACUACACAUGGAAAAUACAUUUUGCAAAUAGAAGUUGUUUUUAGAGCCCUCUAAACAUCUAGUUAUCAUAAAUCCUUACCAAAGUACGUAAAGUUGUGGAGUCAUUGAUUUUCCCUGUUCAAAGGAGCCCUAAAAAAGUUUUUUUUUUCUUUAAUUUUUUUUUUUAUUUUUUUUUACUGUUACGCAGGUGACAUUAACAUGAUUGAAGCAGAUGUCAUUCUGCGUGGAUCCGGUAACAAAGAACCAAUCAUGGCUCAUCCUCCGGAAACGGACAGUGAUAUAACUCUGCAGCAAUGGUUGGAUGGUGUGUCGUCAACUAAGAAAGGCAUCAAGAUUGAUUUCAAAAGGUAUAACCUAGGAGAAAUUAAUAAAAAGAGGUUAUUUUUACAUUUUUGGGCUUCCAGUCCAACAUACGUGUUGAUACCCCUUUCUGUAGUGCACUAACAAGGCCCUCCUCACACUUAGACAUUUUGUUCAGUGUUUUUUGUUUUGAUUUUAUAAUCCUAUAGACUGUAAGCUCAUUUGAGCAGGGUCCUCUCCAACCUAUCGUUCCUGUAAGUUUUCUUGUAAUUGUUCUAUUUAUAGUUAAAUCCCCCCUCUCAUGAUAUUGUAACGCGCUAUGGAAUCUGUUGGCGCUAUAUAAAUGGCGAUAAUAAAAAUAAUGGGAAAUUGUGACUUCUCUGGAAUCUACACCAUCAAAUAUAACAUUGAAAAUCGCCUAUAACUUGAGCUAACCUUUUUUCACAUUCUUCUAAAUUCUUUUAAAUUAGAUAUAUACAUAGCUCUUGUGAUGGUUUUUUAUAUCUCUCAAAAAUGUUCUUUUCUUAUUUAUAAGUAUAAGAUGGUCACAGUGACAGUGUUAAUCACCUGGCUAGAUUGCCUCUUAAAUGACCUUUAUUUGAAAGAUGGGGCUGUCAAACCUAUGUAUUUAUGUAGUUCUCUUGCUAAAUGUUGGGUUACCAUAUAAGCCUUUAAUUAGAUGACCACCACAUGCCACAAAACCGUACAAAGUUUGUUUAGAAUUUGUGACGUGCAGUAACAUGAUUGAUUAAAUGACCAGUGUACAGUUUUGACCAUACAUUUUGUAUAUACAUUUUGACAUGAGUAACAAUCAAAUCAAUGACCGACAAAGAAAAAGAGCCGCUUGUACAAGAACAGUAAUGCAAGCCACGGUAAUGAGUGAGUCAUCUAUAAGGUUUUAGUGCAUAACUGCAUAUAAUAUGAUUUAAAGGAUCGUCUUAAAACAGCUGGGAGGUAAAUCAACUUCGGAAUACUUGGCUUCAAAACUGUAUGGAAUACAGCAGUGCCAAUGCUGAUGGGGGAAGGUGGUCUCUCAAAACCUAAAUUGCUCUGUGAUACUUACAUUUCUAUGUGAGUUAUUGCUGUGGAGCUCUGUGAUACUGUCCAAAUAUUCUAAGCACCUUAUGGAACCUUUACUGUGACUGUCGCUCCAAAUGAGGGACAUCUGUGAGCUGUAAAUGGUUCUAGGUUAUUUUAUCUCUUCUCUUUAAAGGGUUACUCCAGUCAUCAUAACCAUUACAGCAUAAUGCUUGCAGCCUGCUGUAGUGGUAAUAAUGGUAGGAGUACCUUGACCCCGUUCCCUGGUAAUUGGGCAAGCCCUCUUACCUGGGUCUGCGCAAGGUCCUUUUUCAAAACCAGGUUUAAGACAUCUGACUUCUGCAGAGCUGCUGAAGCCAAUUGCCGAUCAAUCAUUGGCUGAGAGUGUCCGCUGAUUGCCCUCAACCAAUGAUGUAAGCCUGCACAUAGCAAUAUGCACAGAAUUAACGUUAGCUAGCCUGGAACGCUUUGUUCCGGGCUUGCUAAUGACACCCCAUUGGUGCUGCGGGAGCUGGAGUUACACCUCCAGAAGCAAAUGAUCUAAACUCAACAUGUGCAGCAUUUCAUGAAAAUGCCGCACAUACAUACUGCAGGCACCAUGACCACUUCAGAUCACUUAUUUUUUUUGCUUUUUUUUUCUGCACUGUUGUACUCCCCAUAUGAAACAAUUAUUUAAAAUAUAUAUAUAUAAAACUUUUUUUUUUCUAAACUAGUUUAUUUCCAAAAUAUAAAAAAUUCAGUUUAUCAUGUAGCCAUGAUUAUGGGCUGUUCUCACAGCAACUGCAGCAGGGCCAAAUAGUGUAUGCUGAUUAAACCCUUUCCUGUCAUGUGAGUCUUCCGAAUGUGUCUGAAAAAGUAAUUGUUCUUUCUGACCCCCUAAUGUGAAAGGGGUCACAUGAUUUGCACAGCAUAAGGGCACAAUGACAUUCUCACAAUUCUCAUUAAAUUACUGUUUUAAACCACCUUUCAAGCUGUCACAUAUUUAAUGUAGCAAUUUAGUUGACUUGAAUAUGCAAUGUACUCUAAUUUCUCUCCUUGUGUAUUUCCAUAACGCAGUCAGUCUUAAAUUAUUUAGCCCUCUAGGGUCAGUGAUUCGGUAGCCUCCAAUACUUGCUUGUAACUCAUCUAAACAAAUCUAGAUAGAUGUGGUUUGAAACGUAUUUAAAAUAGGAAAAAACACCAGUCAUUCACAGAGACUAAAAUUAUAGCAUUCAAAAUGUUCGAUUACUUGUUAACAUACAUAUACAUUUAUAUCUCUGAUUGCUAAUCACGGCACUCCGGAGGUCAGUGUACUGCAUAUCCCAUGAUGCUCAGUCUGCCUAAAGGAACACGUUCCUGGAUCAUACAGUUACAGUCGCGUUUAGUAAUAUUUGGGUUUAUCCACUGAAAGUGGAAUUGGGGGAAAACGGGCAAGGAAAUAAUAAAGUUUAAAUGGCUUAAAUGGAAAAUAUUUUUUUUUUGGUUGGUUUGUUUGCCACCGCUGGAGGCAACUAUGGGAUUAAAUUGUUCGAGUACAGUUUAACACUUUGAGGUAAGACUGCCUCCUGGCACCAUAACAACUUAAUUUAGAUGAAGUUGUUUUGGUGCUUAGUGUCCCUUUAACUAUAUUUACUACAAGCAGGCAUUAUGCUCAAGUGCUGACUUUUUUUUUUUUUUUUUUUAUAUAUGCGUUUUUCACUUUUAGUAUGCCGUACUGGUGGUUAUGACAUCAGGACCCUUACAAAUACCAACCAGCAGGGUGACCAUUCAUUCAUUAAACCAUUCUUGUUAUGGUCUACAGUGUUUGAUUUACCCCAUAAUUUUGUAGAGGAUAAAUGAACAAUCCUAAUUCAGACUUUGCUUACACUUAAGUAAAUAUUUUGUUUUUGUACGUGACAAAAAAAAAGAAAAGAGCAGAAUUAAAAUGAAUUUAAAAGAAUAUAUUUUUUCAUGUUGAUAAUCGUGAAGAGGAAGGUUCAUAUAAAAAUGGAAUGUACGAAUGUACUUGGUAUUUUCCUAUAGUAACGAGCGGAAAUUAGAGUGUCUGUGAAUGUUAGUAAAUUGUUUACAUUUAUGCUGAUGCGUUAUGGCCUUUUCAGUAACUUUUUAUCUGUAAGCAUGCAAUUUACUAACAUUUACAGACCCUCUUAUUUCCUAUCCAUACUUCCAAGUACAUUCGAACAUUCCAUUUUUAUAUGUACCUUCUUUAAUACCACUAGGCAGCAGUCUUAUUUAUUAAAUAAAAUCUGAUCUAAAUGCUUUUUGUGAAAAUUCAAAGGUGAGACGAUUGCUGUAAAGAGUGUUACUUCUAUUCUUAAAUGAUCUCAAACCGUUGACAGGUUUCUUAACUUAAGAAUAUGUGGGCAGAACGAAAUAAUUUUGCAGAGAGAGAUGCAGAAACUGUAGGUGUUUUUGUGAAAGUUUCAGUCAAACAGAAAAAUGUCAUGAAAUUAAUCUGUUUGAAAUUGCCUUAAAACUCUAAAUAGAAAUGAUGUAACACUAUAUUCUCUAAAGUUUUAAUUGUGAUCAAAACUACAGCCCACAUUCUUCUAAGAGUAAAAAGCACCGGAGUUACUAGUACUCGGUAGAGCUAUCCACGGGAUUGAGUGGGAGGGCCGAUUCAUCAAAUAAAAAUAAAUAAAUGUACCCAAUUAAAGCUUACGUUUCAAAAUAAAUUUCAUCUACUAGACAAUCUACAUGUACAAUAUAUAUAUAUAUUAUUUUUUUAUAUAUUUUUUUUUGUUUUGUUUGUAAUUUUAAAAAAAUGUUUGUUUUGUUUUUACCUUCUUUUGAGUUUGGAAUCGGUGCUGCCAUCAAUGCAGAUAUUACAAGCCUUAAAGCCGAAGAUAAAGCAACCAGUUUGGAUUAAUGCUGACAUUCUUCAAGGACCAGGUGGAAAGGCGAAGCCAGUGGACAGCAAAGAAUUCAUAGAUACUGUAACCUCAUUUUUCGCUGAUGUCACCUUAUCUUUGGGUUGGACCACCAAUUGGUAUCCUGAUAAACAUAAUGAAGGUGCGGAAACAUUUACCCUCAAGUGCUACCUUAAGUAGAUCACUUGUGAUUGUAACUUGCUUAUAGUGUACCGGUCAUAGGACACAUUAUGGGAGCGUAAUGUAAACUUACAAAAAAAAAAACAUUUAUACAUUGCACUAGCAGCAAUGUAUGCAAAUGUACUUAUUGUUAAAAAAAUAAAAUAAUAAUACUAAAUCGAGCUAUGAAAAUCUGAGAUCUCUGGUCGACACAAAUAUAGAGGAAAGUGAUUUUGCCACUUUACCCAUUAUUCUGGUUAAAUUUUACUUCUCUGGUUUGGAGGCGGGUUAAAUGUAAUUAUUAAAUUUCUUUUAUUAUUAAUGUUGUAUCAUUCCUACUGACACAUACAUUUUUGGGUGGGGGGGGGUUGUUUUUGUUUUUUAUUAUCAUUUCCUAGUUAAUUGCCCUGUUUUCUAUUUUUCCUAUGUUAGCUACAGUUCCAAGCCCACACUCGGAAAAAAAUAUUUCCCUUCCUUUCUGCAUCUUCCCAACCCUCCUCCACUCCCCAAAAAACUUCAGAUUAGAUACAUAUAAAGUGCGGUAGCUUUCACAGUUAAUCCAUUGGCGAUCACCUUUCAUUACCAAUAUUCCUCUACUUGACUCACACUUUCUGAGGGAAUAUGGGAAUUGAAUGAAGUUACAGGGUUAGGGUUAUGGGAGAGGAUUGUCCACAAGGUCAGUCGUAUCAGAAAAGAACCGAACUGGAGGUUGGGCGUUACAAUCCCGUAACACCCAAGAACCUCAUCCAAUAGCUGUUAUAACGUCACAGAGGAUAUAAUAAAAUAUACAACUGCAAACGCAACUAAAUAUAUUGUUUAUCUUUAUGAUGCAGUGGUUUUGGUGUAUAUAUGCGGUCUCUUUACUCAGACAAUGUAAAACAUUUCUGUUGAUGUGAAAUGGCAAUAUUUUCCAAAGAACACACCUCCUCAUUUAGACAUUUGAUGUUAGAAAAAGGGUCAGUAUUCAAAACGAGAAAAAGGAACACAUUCUAAUUCUAAAAAUAUUUUUAACAUAGCGUUCCUUUAAAUAUUUUGGGAUGCACCCCAUACCCCCAGUUGGGAAGCGAAUCCCUAAAGUAAGUGAUUUAUCAAAGACUCCCAUUUACACGCAAUGGCUGAGAUAGAGAACGUAAGCAGAUGAGCGAUCACCACACCUAGGGGCUUAGUUCCCCGAUAUGCAGUCUUAGCAGAGAAAACCUGUAAAUGUUUUUAAUCUUGCAUUUAAAAUAAAGUUACAUAUUAAGGAGAGCAUGAUGUUUUCUAUCUCUUUUGAUAUUUUUUUUUUAGAUACACUACGUAUUGCCCCUGUUAGUGGUCUGUGUCACUGCUGGAAGUAGCAUUUUUGUGUGAUUAUCUUGAGGCUGAUGUCUUUUUAUACCCAACAACCUCGGUCACUAAUUGCCACAUCUGAUUUAAAGAACUAUUAGAUGUGGACACUUUUAAGCUGUUUCAGGAAUCCUUCAGUGACUAUAUAUAUAAAGUUGUACAAUAAGUUGUACAAUUGAUCCAAUUUACCAUCUACUUGCCAAUGGUUCAAGUUAGAGUCUUAUCUGAGAUAACGCUUAUACUGUUUUUAUAGAGGGUUUUUGUAUGGUAUCCCUGUACAUCCGUUUCAGAGUAGUAUUUAAUAGAAAACUCCUUUUACCUAUUUUAUCUGGUUUUAGACUUUUUUUCCCCCCCUUUAUUUCCAUUUUUUAUUUAUUGUAUACAUUGCUAUGUCAUGUGACCUCUAUAGAAUUUAUAAAUCUAUUUUACCCACAACAAAUUGUACUUUCCUUUUUUCUUUCCGCAGUGUGUACGUUAUUCGCUGAAUAAAUACAAGUAGACGCACAUCCUUUUUAUUUUUUUUAUAUACUCUUUUUUUUCUUUCUGUUUUUCUACAGGGCAAAUGUUGUCCUUGAUGUGGUUGAAGUAUUAUAAUUGCUGUUCUUGUUGAUACUGUAAAGGGGCGCCUAUCAAAUAUGUUGUGAAGGACAUUCUCAUUCUUGCAAAGUGUGUUGCUUACAUAGUGAUGGCAGUGUAUGCACGUCAAUUGGAAAUAAAAGCAGUCUAGAUAUAUUUAUUUUUCUAUUUCUUUAUAUUGCGUCCUUUUGGUUUACCUAUCCUCCAUGUCAUAUGUUUAAUAUUACAUUAUUACAUACAUCAAUCUACAGAGUCCGUUAAACUAGAGACGUCUGCGAAUGGACCAUGCUUAAAAUAGUUACAGAACCUUCUAAGUGACCCUUGUACAAAUGUCUUUACUAAUCAUCGUGGGGUUUUAUUUUGUUUAGUUUUCUUACUCUGAAGGUUAAUUUGGUGAGUUAUUCACAAACCAAUUAAAAAUAGUUUUGGAGUAAUUAACAAAAUUUACCAUCUUCAAGUUUGCAGCCAGCUCUACGUUGCUUCAGAAUGCAACAAAAGGAAGCACGUCUGCUCAGAAAUAUUCUAGAACAGUGGUUUUCUAUGUGCAGCGAGCCACCACAACAUUUUCUGCAAAUUCAUUGUUGUCUGGGACUUACAGAUUGUGAUUAUAGUGAAUUGUCCCCCCUCCCACAUUUCCUGUGGUGGCAUGUUGACAGAAACCAGGAUAGCGCCCUCUUCGGCAGCCUGGUAAUACUAGUGCUCUCAGCUACGUAACCUGUGCAGCUGUCUGGCAAAGCCCAAAUUCUAUCCACUAUAGAGAAAUUGACACUCCUGCAUUAUCAAGGAUGAAAGUGUCUAACCUUCAGUGACAGUACUACACCAUGUGCCAUGUCUUCUUCCUGGGGCAGUAUAUUGACAGUGGAGCAAUCACCAUGGAAACCGUUGUCAUUUCCACUUUUGCUGAACUUCGCUAGACCAUUGAUGUUGCUUUCUGUAUGUGUUUUUUUUUUUUUUUUCUUUCAGUGGUAGGUGCAAUAUUUAUAGUAGAUUAUGUGAAUAUAACAAUUCUGUGCGGUAGGUCAGUGGAGCAAUCAACAGAUUUUUUAUUUUUUUUGUGCUUUAUUCCAUAGUGAUCGUUUAAUUUGGAGAACUUCAUACAAUAAUUUCUCUUUUUAUAGAGCCUCCAUAAGUGCAAAAUGUAACCUUUUUGGUAAAUGUGCUCAUUUUGUAGGCUACAGCUGGGAGAUGGUAAGAGAAAUGGAGGAGAUCUGUAAGGCAUUGAGCCAACCCGUGACAUUCCCAGUUAGGGCCGCCCUGGUUCGCCAGUCAUGGGAUCAAUUACACUGGCUGCUGAAGAAAUCUGAUAGGUAAGAAACACUUUGCUUUACAAAACCAGGAAGUAGCUGAGAUACAGUAGCCAAUACUAGGUUUCCACUUGUAACCAAUGAGAACAAAUCCUGCCCUCCAUUGUACAGGACAUCUUAUGCGUGUGCACUUUUUUUUUUCUUCAAGAGGAAAGGAUGUAAAGCCUUACUCACAUGUUCAUUUGGCUGUGAAAACCAAUGGAGGCUUUCCCAACGCUAGAGUGUCCCUUUUAACAGACAAUGGCAGUAGUCUUAGAGAUUUGAUACUUCAUCUAUCAUAUCGAGGAAAUAAAAAGAUCAGACACAGAUGGGAACACUAGGGGGAGUUAGCUAAUUGUUCUGUUCUAAAAAAUGGUGCAAAAAUGUAGAAGGGGAAGUGUCACAAAUGGGAUGUGGUGGUUCCACUGGUUUACAUGGUGACUGCCCCACAUUUAAGAAGAGAACUUUUUGAUAAAUCUGCCUUCCUAUUUAGUCGCAGUAUGGAAGACAAGAGGCCAGUUAUCGGCAACAUGAUUAUGGAGCUUGUACACAAAUCUGAGCCAUGAAGGGUAAAUUGCCCAUCUUCUACUAAGAAAUUAACAAUAUUAAAACUGUGACCAGAAGCGAUAUGCUCAGAUAAACUUAGAGCAGUAUUCAUGGAAUUGGGAGUGAUCUUAAAGGGACACUAUGGUGUUAGGAAUACAAACAUAGGGUGAGUUUUAUUCAUAUAGUGACACACUCAAGAGGCCUAUAAACCCUGCAAUGUAAACAUACCACAGUAAUGUUUAUAGAAACACUAUAGGGUCAGGAAGACCAACACUAUCUUGCCCCCCUAAAUAUAGUAAAAUCCUUUUUUUAAACCUGUAUAAAAUGAUGACCGUAUUGUUUAGUGUGAUUAGAACACUUAUUGCAUUUAAGAUUAAGCCUUAUUGAGCUGCAGUUAUUUUUAGAGAGCAGUACAAAUAACUCAACUUCAGCAUUUACAGUGAAUAAUUUUGUGCUCAUUGCAGGUACAGCUUGACCAUCUGGGCAGGGAAAGAUGACUUCUACUCGGUGGACGACUUGCUCUAUGUUCGACGGAAUUCUGACAAAUCCAGUAUUUAUUAUGACGUCUUUGAACCCCAAAAUAGUGAUUUCAAACGGGCUAUAGCACUGGGAGAAACUGAACAAGAACAAACCAUAACAAACUAAGAAUUAUGUAUAUUACUAUAAUUGCGAGUUUUUUUGGUAUACAAGUACUCGGCACAAACAAAUAUAUUGACCCCUUCAAACCUGGAAUUUGCACUAUAUGUUCGUUUGAUUGUAGUUUAAGGAUUUCUCUUUAAGACUCCCAUACAUAUUGUAUAUUGCUUUUUUAAAGGACAGAGUGGUCUUUCUUUUAAUAUCCUGUAUGUAUACCUAACACAACACUACAUGUGAAGAAAAUGUGGGGAAAAAAUAAAUAUAUUUCUCUUUUUUUCAUAUUUAUGCUUAUUAUAAUAUCUACACAUCAAGUAGAACUAAAGGACUAGAACUCAGAAUAGAUUGAUGAAUCAGUCCUGAUUGGUAAAUGCGCAUAGGAGCUAAAUAAAUUUUUUAAAUACAAACCCUAUACCAAACACUCCGAACGCUAUAGCAACUCUAACCAUAUAACUACCCUAACCAUAACCUUGCACUAUCCCUAACCCAGCCUUAACCUUCCCCUCACUAUAACACUAAGCCUACACUGACUUUAACCCCUAACACUAACCCAACCUCUAACAUUUAGAAAAUUGUCAAUGAAUACUG